AUGGGAACUAAUCCAAAAAGGACAGUGACAGUCCAGAUGGUGCCUCAGCUGCCUCUUCUGGACACACUAAGCAAUGAACCUAAUGCCAACUGGGCUAAGGAACCUAAAGUAAACCUCUCUCAAGUGUGUCCAACCCCCACCCUCCCCUCUACAGCCCAUAAACACGAAAAUCUGUCUCUGACUUCUGUUCCUGUAAACAUAACUUCAAACACCCAACCAUCUCCAAAAGGAAGAGAUACAGCUAAUUUGGUGUCAGAUAUACCAAUACCAGCCAAUGGAAACCAGGAAAAAUCAAGGCUUCUGGCCCGUAAAGACCAGCAGAUGUCAGAGCCAUCCCUGACCGGCCAAGGUGCGAGUGAGGCAGAAGAUGGCCAGAGGGAUGGUAAUGCUAAUUUGAAAUUGUUAACCCUCUCUGAGGAGAAAGAUGUCUCCUGGGCUGGUCUGUCGCCUGCCGUUGCAGCAUCAAAGGUUGACAAACAGAUGAAUGACUGCAGAGCAAAAGGUUCAAGUGCACUGUUGGAGAGGUGUGCAGAGCCCGUGUUGCAGGGCAGUGGAGCAUCCGCAGCUAAGGAGUCACCUCUAGAAGACAAGAUGCAGACAGCUCUGUGCAGCAAAACGACAUCUUUGCUUAAGAGCCAAGAUGUGAAUGAAGGGCUUACAAAUAAGAAUUCAAUUUCCAAGCUUCCAGAGAAAGAUAUGCAACUGCUGAAAAAUUCUCGGAUCUCCUCAGAUAAACUUCAGCCACAAAUGUCACAGAAAGACACAUCUACAAUUCAGGCUCUACAAGACAUGCCAGCAUAUGCCCAGGUGGUUGAGGGAGCCACCCAUACAGCCACAGUUGUCAGUGUAGAAGAGCAGGAGCAGAAGACUCAAUGUAAGCUCUACAGAGAGGCCUCAACUAUGACCUCCUCCCAGUCAUCCACCCCAGCUAAGCAGUGUCAAGACAUGGAAGUGCAGGCAGUAGUUAACACAUGCAGUAAGGCUGUGUCUACCAGUCCCAGUCUGUUACCUUUCCCUAUACCUUGCAGGCCAAGCAUCGGUGCUCUCUCCAGGGCAGAGGCCCAGAGCCUUGCAGUGGUCUACCAGAUCCACACAGGUUCAUUACCCACCCCUGUGGAUCCCAGAUCUGAGCGACUCACCCUUGAGGCAGGGAUUUGCCCCAACCAAAACCCUGUUGUGGUUCUCCAUAUGGAGGCUCUGUCCCACCAGGAGGACAGCAGGCAAGGGACUAAACUGAAAGAGUCUGGCUCAGCUCAAUGCAGCAUUGAGAAGGGUCUUCCUCUGCAGCCAGUUUAUCAAAUCAAUAUUGAACCCAGUGCCCAUAGGGAGCAAGCACUAAGUGUCAGCCACCACAAAGGUGACACAAUUAACUCCCACUGUAUCCCUGGAGCUGGGAAUCCCACAAUAUCUGAGAAGCCAGCUCUGCCAACACCAUCUGCCAAAACACCCUCUGCUAAAGCUCCCUCUUCUCAAUUAGAUUCCCCCUUAGAGACAGCUAGCACUAGCCAGACAAAAGCUGCUGACAAUAGCUCACCUGCUGCUCUGUCUCAGUCUGCCUUCUCAACCAAGCCCAGUCUGGCACUGCCAACAUCAACAGCAACAAACACCAAAUCAGAUGCAUCAUUGAACAAAUCUGACAGUCCACACGACCAAACCAAGGCUGCAGUUAAACCAUCGACCAAGGAGAAAAAAUCUGCAACAAAGCUAGAACCAGAGAGACAUAAGGAAGAGGAAGAUGAAUCUGAGAAACAAAAGGGGAAAAGUGUCCAGGAUGUGGUUUGGGAUGAACAAGGCAUGACCUGGGAGGUCUAUGGGGCUUCUGUGGACCCGGAAUCCCUCGGCUUUGCCAUACAGAGUCACUUGCAGUGUAAAAUCAAGGAACAGGAGAGGAAGCUGAUAGUCCAGACCUCCAUCAGGAAAUCUAUCUCUGCCGUCGACUCACCACGACAAGGCCGGAAGAACAAGAGGAGGCAACAGAACAUUUUCAGGUCGAUGUUUCAAAAUGUCAGACGGCCCAACUGCUGUGUGCGCCCUCCUCCUUCCUCUGUCUUAGAGUAG